UUUAAAUAUAUGAUGCAGUGCAUAGGCUACUGAUGUCUAUUUUCUAAUGAAUUCACAAGAAUGAAAAAUAGCCGUUUACUUUCACUUGUUUUUAAAUAGCGGUCACGUAAAUGUAUUUUACUUAUAUUAUUCUCAUAUUUGUUUUUAUUGUUCCUCCUCAGGCUCCUAGACAAUCGUUCGCUUGUGGUGUUAUUGGAUCAUCCCGAACAGACGGCCCCUUUAAGCGUGUAGUCGCUGACAUUGACGAAAUUUCCUGGUCAGGUCCUCCUCCUGUGUUGUGUACUUCACUGAAAAUCAACAAGAGAAAUUGAGGCAGCCUUUUAUAUAUAUAUAUAUACGGCGGGGCUGGCAUUGACACAAAAUAACCUGCAUUGGCAACUAAGCCAUCGAUUUUCAAGCGGCGAUUCAGUAAACAAAGGCAGAAAUAUAUUUCUUCAUUUUGUUCAUCUCGAGGUUUUAAAGAUAUUCAGUUGGUUCAGCAGGUGUAGAGAGAAAUACACCACAGAAUCUCAAGGACCCUCAGUGUUAAUGAAACUUUGCUCUGAUUUCCGCGCUGGGGACACCGUUCAGCAUGUUAAGGUAAAGCAGAAGAGCUCUGUGUUGAACAUGCUAAAGCGGUUGGACAAAAUAAGGUUCAGAGGCCACAAGCGAGAUGAGUUCCUUGAUUUAGCCGAAUCUCCCAACACAUCAGACAAUGAAUGUAGUGAUGACAUCCCAGUGAAGCCCCGUCCAUCAUUAAAAGACGCUGAAGACUACAGAGACCCUGCAGGUCCAGGGAAUCUAGUGAUGGCAUCAGCAUUACAGGACUUCCAAAGAACGGAAUCUGACAGACUAAAUGAGAUCAAAGGUCAUCUGGAAAUUGCCUUAUUGGAAAAACAUUUCUUGCAGGAAGAAUUAAGAAAACUGCGAGAAGAAACAAAUGUUGAAACAUUAAAGCAGGAACUUGAUAAAGAGAGAAUAAAAAGAAUAGAACUGGAACAAAAAGUCAACGAAGUUCUGAAAGCAAGAGAAGAAUCUGCAGUACAACCGCCUACGAAAGUCAAUGGAACAGAGAAAAGGGUUGAAACAGUCUAUUCAAGAUUUCAGAAAUGGCUUUAUGAUAAGCUUGAGGUGUACAUUGAGGACUUCCGUUUUCAGCCAGAAGAAAACACUGUGGAGACAGAAGAACCACUAAGUGCUAAACGGUUAACAGAAAACAUGAGAAGAUUAAAGCGAGGUGCCAAACCUGUCACUAACUUUUUAAGGAACCUCUCAGCCUUAUCAAAUUGGCACUCUGUAUACACUUCAGCAAUUGCCUUCAUUAUUUACAUGAAUGCUGCGUGGCAUGGCUGGGCCAUCCCUAUGUUCCUCUUUUUAGCCAUUUUGAGGUUAUCCUUAAAUUACCUCAUUGCAAGGGGUUGGAGGAUACAGUGGAGUAUUGUGCCUGAAGUUUCAGAACCUGUGGAACCUCCAAAAGAAGACCUUACUGUAUCAGAAAAGUUUCAGCUUGUUCUUGAUGUUGCACAAAAAGCACAGAAUCUGUUUGGCAAGAUGGCAGAUGUGUUGGAAAAAAUUAAAAACUUAUUUAUGUGGGUCCAGCCUGAAAUAACACAGAAGCUUUAUGUAGGGCUCUGGGUUGCAUUUAUUGCAUCUUGUUUCCUUCCCUUCAAACUAGUGGGCUUUCUCAUGGGAGUGUAUGCUGGAAUCAAGUUUUUCAUGAUCGAUUUCAUCUUCAAACGUUGCCCGAAGCUCCGAGACAAGUAUGAUACUCCUUACAUUGUGUGGACGAACUUGCCAACUGACCCGCAGCUCAAAGAAAGGACAAAUGCAACAGUAUCAAGACGGCUGUCAGGGCAUGAAAAGGUUCAACCAGUUACAUCAUCCCGAAGCAUCCUUGGGACAAAUAUCCCUUCAGUGAUCAAUAGGGAAGAUGAAGGCGGGCGAUCUCACAGCACCAAAAAAUGCAGUUUCCAUGAAAUCUUCAACUUGUCAGAGACUGAGCGCCCUCUAGCUGCCUAUGAAAAUGGAUGGCGUUGCUGCUUGAUAAAUAGAGACAGAAAGAUGCCAACUGACUACAUUCGUAAUGGAAUCCUUUAUGUAACAGAAAAUUAUUUAUGCUUUGAAAGCUCCAAGUCCGGAUCAUCCAAGAAAAAUAAAGUCAUAAAACUAACAGACAUAACAGAUAUUCAAAAGUACAAAGUGCUGUCUGUCCUGCCAGGAUCAGGAAUGGGCAUUUCAAUAGCAACACCGUCUACACAAAAGCCACUGGUGUUUGGUGCCAUGAUACACAGAGACGAGGCCUUUGAGAUGAUCUUCACCCAGUACAUGAAAAUAAUGUCUGCAGCUUCCAUCAGUGAAACCUAGCAGCAAGGAAACUGUCUUCAUGUCUCUCUUGUUCUUGGUGGGGGGUGGGCCAAGGACUCCUUUGCCUGCUUUGCAAUACGUUUUUGAGGUCAUAGAAAUUUGUAUUGUACAGUUUGUGUAUUUUUUGUAUUUGUCCUUUUUUUUUUCUUACAUUUACUGUAACUAUUACUGCAAGCCUUGCACAGUAAGCACUUUUUGCAUUUGUUUCCAAGUGCUUUGAAAGUGUGAGAAAAUAGAAGUUAAGACUGACCUGGAGAAAGACAAAUCGAAGCCUUUUUCAAUUCCAUGUAUAAAACAAGUCCUGCGGAAUGGACUGGACAGUGCAAUGCCUGUCAAUAUUGUACCUUCUAAAAGGAAUUAAUUUAGUUAAAAAAACAAAAAGGAUUUAAAUAUGUGGUGAAAGGAGUAGUCUACAAGAACCUGGGAGAUUAUCCUGAGUUUUGACCUCCUAGAAAUGUGGGUUUUUUUUGUGUUUUUUUGUGUUUUUUUUUUUUUUGGUACAACACUUCAAGAAACAAGGCAUAGUAAUUGAGAAGUAAUUAUAUGGUGACUACAGUACUGGUAUUAAUGAAACUUGGGUAACUAAUUUAGUGUUACCAUGUAAGUAAGGAGUUACAAACUUUCAAUAGAGUGCAUUUUCAUACAUUACAGCAGUCGUAACCAUGUAAUUACUACAAUUAUAUUAUACAUGGCAGGAAUAACCAAAUAGUUUCCUGUUAUUGCUAAAAUAAUUACACUAUUACUGACACUGUACUUGGAGAACAUUUACUCAGUAAUUUAUAUGUAAUACCAUAUAUGCCCUACAGUAUAACUACAAGUGUUAAUUUAAGUGCUUUCAGGCCAGAAGUGACUUUCUUAUUUUAGAUUAUUUACAUUUAGCUAGAUUGUCAUUGAUAGGGUUUCUAUGUAGUUUUCCCAGCAGGUUUAUUAUCCAUUGCAGGAUGAGUGCACCCUAACACCUCAGUGAAAUUGCCUCCCCUCGCCUGCCUUUAGCCAACUAAUACAUAGACCACUUACACCAUCCACAUGUUCUAUAUGUAAUUAUUGUAUCUCUAAGAAAAGUGAAAUGCUUCAAAGGGGUGAGGUGCCGGCAAUAAACGUCCUUGUUUUUACAAAAGGCUCCUAUUCACAACUGGAAGAAGACAAUAGAAAGUAUGAAAGUCUUGCUGGGCUUCAGCACUACUGUAUCAACGGCACUGAAGAUUGUCUUUGUUUUUAACCACAAAGCUUAUUCCACCCUUAAACUGCACAAAAACUCAAUAAAUAAAUCUUUCAUGAAACUGUUUAGUAGCCCCAACCAGCAAGUGUUUAAGAAAAGGAAUUGAGACACAGCUAGACCACAAGAUACAGAAUGACCAAUACCGUUUCUACUGUUCAGUAUAAGUUACACAGUUGCCGAUCAUGUGAACACAGCACAAACCAUUUCCAAAUCCCCAUACCAAAGCACUUAAAGUCACUCUUUAGAAGGGCAGUGAUGGCAAUAGCCAGGUAGUACAAGUAUCUAUACUUGUCAGCAUUUUGUAUUUUGGCCUCACGUGCUUAUUACACUUCAGUGAUGCUCACUGAGAAUGCACUGCAAAUAGUUGUACUGUUAGCAGCAAGAUAUGAGAACUCAUUUAGUUCAACAGGUACCAGGUUCGUAGCAGCACUUUAUCCAAAAUCAUUGCUUAAUGAAUUCUGGUUUAACUUUUGCAUCAAUGACAGACAAUGCUUUUCUUUUCUUUUUCUUUUUUAAACAGUAUUCUGGCCUCUGCCUGUUAUGUGCUCUUUUAGCUUUUUGAAAGGAUUCUGGUAUGUUGUUUACUUUUUAACCAGGUUUAAUUUUCCAACCAUGUUUGUGAGCAGUGCUGGAGGAACAGAGUAAAACAUAAUCGGUGACAGGGCCAAUUUUGAAUGAAUUGCCAUAUUGUAGUUCUGGCCACCACCUCAGUAUAUUAACUCUGGCUUUAAAUAAUUGUGUUCAAAUGUUUUUAGAUACCAAGCAGACCACCAAGAAGCAGUGACAUAUGUCACUUAAUUAGCCUUUUCCAUGUUCUGUUUUAUUUUGUUAUCAAAGAAUUGCUUAGUGAUUUAUUUUAAUUUUUUUGUAUGUAUUUGUUUUUGAACAGUACGACAACAUUUUUGUAAUCCAGAUUACUAAACUUUAGAAAAAAUGUCCUGUCAUGCUUUAAGCUCAGAACUGAAACAUUAACAGUACCACAGUUGAUUUUUGUCACAUGAAUACCAGAACAACCUAGUGUGUGGCAUACUACCUUUGUAUUAAUAGAAUGCAAACAGUGUAGAUGAAAAUACUAAAGAAGCACAUAAUGUAUUGUAAAAUUGAUAGUUGUUGCUGCCAAAUGUGAAGUGCUCUAUUUUAGUUUACAUUUAAGAUCUGAGAUGUUUACAGAAGUUUGGUUGAAGCUCUACGAUUUUCCACUUAUGAGAGUGAAGCCAGUUUGAAUCCCUUUUGUGGAAUGGGAUAUGAGAACUAGCGAUAUGUCUUGUAAUGAAAGCAUACGUUUGAACAUUGGUGCCUCAUCUGACUGGUCGCAUGACAACCCACAGAUAUGUCUUAAGAAUGUAUAAUGGUACAAAUAUAUACAUUUUGAUAGCACAAACUCUUUUUAUGGUAGAUUUAAGCCACCACAACCCCAUAUCCACAACUGUUUUAAGCAGUAUUGACAGAGACUGAGAAACAUGCAAAUUGUUUUGAGCAGCUCUUCUGUAGCCGAUCUUCUAUGGGAGAAAAGGUUUGGUUUAAAUUAAAGGAAGAAUUAGUUCAGUUCACUUGAUACUGAGAUUUUCACAUUUAUAUAUUUUUUUUGCACAACAGUGGAUACAUACUGUAUAUAUUUUCUCCACAGUUCUACAGCACGAGUAGAAGACAACUUACUAAUUAUGGCAGUAAUUCUAAAACUUGGAGAUGAGAAAAAAAAGAUUGUCAUUUCCAUACAGAAAGAAGGUGUCUCAUUUUUACUGCAAUUUUUUUAAUUUAAAAUAUAAUCGAGCUGUUGGUGUUCAAAUGUAUUAGUUCUUUGUGUGUAAAUGUUUGCUAUCUAUUUUCGUAAUGUUCUCAAUCGGUGUAAAAGAAUGUAAGGAAACAUUUCUAUCAGUCAUUUGAAGGAGUUGUGAGUACGUGUUUGUAAUCUGUGUAGCUGGUGUGAAGCUAAAAUUUAUAUUGAAAAAUGUACAAAUUUCCCCUGUAAAGUUUUUAAAGAGAAUGGUGUAUAUCAUACAAACUGUGCUGUACAUUUUUUUUU